CAUUCUACUCAUAUCAAUUCUCUACUAUUAAUAUAUCCCCAGCAGAGCAAGUAAAGUUACUCACUUGCUCUUAUUCUUUUGGAUUAUACUUAUUAGUAUUUAAUUUCACAACUUCUGGAAUAGUUUACAUCAAUAAGAGUUCUUAAUUCACACAAACAUAGUACAAGUUGAAGUUAGCUAGUCGUUGCGGUCAACUUCAUUUACUCGUAAUUUUUUUUUUUUGCUUUUGAGUAGCAUCUCUUGGAUAAAGCUCUCCCCACAGCCGCAAUAGUAGAUGAGUGGUGAGUCUGCUGUCUCUUGGUUUUUAUUUUAUUUCACGCAAUUCUUAACACACAAAAAAUAAAUAUACACAUAUACACCUGAGUAAGAAUAUAUCAAAUCUUAAUCUCUUUCUCUUGCUCUGUCUCGUAAUCAAUGAGACAAUCAGAACAGUGAGUGUUGUAUUGCUUCUUCUCCAAGUUAAACCAUAUCAUCAUGUGAAUCAUUACUGCCUCUUUGUGUAUGAGCAUGUUGUAAAUAGAAAGCCAAGUACAGAUUGACUAUCGUGAGUGUAUAUCACGCGUGUGAAUUCGCGGAUGCCUCGCCCGAAGGAUUAAUCCAACUUGAAAUGAAAGACUUACGUUGAAAAAUUAAAUCAAGUGGCCAGGCUGCCGAUCGUCUAAAGGACAAUAUAAGAGAUCAAAAUGAUGCAGGAUCACGGUCAUCACUCAAGCAGAAAGACACUGGUAGCCUCGCCAGAAGUCGCAAUGGCUAGCGAGGUCUUUGAUCUCUUCUGUAACGCCACAACAUUAAAAUCCAUCCUAGGACAUUUUCGCCAUCUUUGUGAUCUUCUUAAUAUGCGGCCUAAUACCUUUCCACAAUUUUAUCCUAAGUUUAAAUCUAAAUUGAGAUCAUGGAAGGCUCAAGCGUUAUGGAAAAAAUUCGAUCAACGAGCUAAUCACAAGUGCUAUAAUCGAGGAAAAGCUUGUCCUAAUUCUAGAGUUCUAAUUAUUGGUGGUGGUCCAUGUGGCCUAAGAGCAGCAAUAGAAGCCCAAUUAUUAGGAGCUAAAGUUGUAGUAGUAGAAAAAAGAGAUCGUAUGUCUCGAAACAAUGUUCUUCAUCUUUGGCCUUUUGUAAUUCAAGAUUUACGUGCACUAGGAGCUAAAAAAUUUUUCGGUAAAUUUUGUGCUGGAUCAAUAGACCAUAUAAGUAUACGUCAAUUACAAUGCAUCCUUUUGAAAGUAUCUUUAAUUUUGGGCGUUGAAUUCCACGAAGGAGUAAGUUUUGAUGCUUUAAUCCCACCACCUGAAAGUCAAGAUGAAGGGAAAAUAGGCUGGAGAGCUAAAACUACACCUAGCGAUCAUCCAGUAUCUCAGUAUGAAUUUGAUGUGCUUAUUGGUGCUGAUGGAAAGAGAAAUACAUUAGAAGGUUUUAAAAGAAAAGAAUUUCGUGGGAAACUCGCGAUAGCAAUUACUGCUAAUUUUAUCAAUAAACGAACUGAAGCAGAGGCACGUGUUGAAGAAAUAAGUGGUGUUGCUUUUAUUUUUAAUCAAAAAUUUUUUAAGGAAUUGUAUCAAGAAACAGGAAUUGAUCUUGAGAAUAUUGUUUAUUAUAAAGACGAUACACAUUAUUUUGUUAUGACUGCAAAAAAACACAGUCUUAUUGAUAAAGGAGUUAUUCUUCAAGAUCAUGCAGAUACUGCAAAAUUAUUAGCUAAAGAAAAUGUAGACCGAGAUGCAUUAAUGCUUUAUGCUCGUGAAGCAGCUGAUUUUUCAACUCAGUAUCAAAUGAUGGAUAUGGAAUUUGCUGUCAAUCAUUACGGACAACCAGAUGUGGCAAUGUUUGAUUUUACCUCAAUGUAUGCGGCUGAAAAUGCUAGUCGAGUUCUGGAAAGACACGGGCACAGAUUAUUAAUGACGUUAGUGGGUGAUAGUUUAUUAGAGCCUUUUUGGCCAACAGGUUCAGGUUGUGCAAGAGGUUUUUUAAGUUCUAUGGAUGCUGGUUGGGCUAUCAAAGGAUGGGGUGCAUCUUCGUCUCCAUUAGAAGUCCUUGCAGAGCGUGAAUCAAUUUAUAGACUGCUUGGCCAAACAACUCCCGAAAAUCUUAAUCGUGAUUAUGCAGCUUACACAUUAGAUCCGCACACCAGAUAUCCUAAUCUCAAUGUCAGGUCUGUUUCAACUAUUCAAGUACGAGGACUUCUUGAUACUGAUGAUCCAGACAAUAUUAAACCACUACCCGUCCUAUCUUCUGUUGAUGUGCCGAAAAAACGAAGGCGUAAAGACACACAAAUACAUCCUGAUACGCUUUUACAUUGGUUGCAGAAACAAGUGGCUUUAUACGACACUGUUAAAAUAACGGAUAUGACAUCCUCGUUCAAAGAUGGUAUGGCAAUAUGUGCUAUUGUUCAUCGAUAUCGCCCGGAUUUGAUAGAUUUUAAUUCUCUCAAGUCCGAUGACGUUGAAAAAAAUAAUCAAUUGGCUUAUGAUGUACUAGAAAAAGAACUAGGUAUUUUACCGAUAAUGACAGGUGAAGAAAUGGCUCAAUGCGAUGUCCCUGAUAAACUAGUUAUGUUUUCCUAUCUUACACAAAUUUAUGAGGCAUUCCGCGGUGAAAUUCCUCAUAUAAAGCAUCCAAAACUCGAGCCAGAUACAGAUGAUAAUCCACUGUAUAAUAAACAAUUGGGACAAACACUUGGGACAAAAUUACAAAUCAACCGUUUACCGAAACACGAAACACUAAUAAGACCAAGACACUCACGUUUUUCACGUCACAACAAUGAAAAUGUCCAAACAAUUGUGGAUAAAAAAGCUGAAGGAAGUCUUGGAAGAAGAUCUCGAAAACGACGCAGUAAUGAAAAAAUGGGAGCUACAGUCGAGGAGCGACAAAAGAGACUAGAAGAGAUUGUGAACAAUCGGAAUGAACGAAUGAGAAGAAGACAAUUUUUAAGAAAAAUGGCAACCCAGCAGUUUUAUAAGAGCUUACAGAUGUUACAAGCUAACGCGAAACGCGAUAAAGAGGAACCCUUUGAAGAUUACUCGAUAUUUUUAUAUCGGCAAACAGCACCCGACUUCAAGGAUCGGGUCAAAGAGUUAGAGCAGAAAAUACUUUACCCAGAUAGAGAGCCAAAAAUGCUUUUACAGCACAAAGGCGGCAUGGAUGAUGACUUCUCUGGUAGAAUAAAAGAUAUAGAAGAUAAACUUCGAGGAACCACAUCUUCAGAGAAAAAACCUCGGGAUCUUUUACGUGCUAUUGGUAAAAUUGAAAAAACCGAUUGGAAUGUAAAAGAAAUAGAAAAAAAAAUUGAAGAAAAUAAACUUGGUAAAGGAAUUCGACAAGAUAAAGUAGAACGAGUACCAAAAUGGAGUCGUGAACAAUUUCUUGCUCGUCAAAUAAAAAUGGAAAAGAAAGGGCGUGAUCCAAAUGAUCCAGAACAUAAAUAUGCUGAAAUUGAUAAUACAUUAAAAUGUAUCGAUCGAAAAAUUAAAGAGGGUAAUAUUUUGGGGCACAAUAAAGUAUCUGCAAUGGCAGAGCAAUUUGCUAAUAAAAAUCAAGACUCUGAACCAAAAGUUCAAAGAUCAAACUCUAAAGCCGCAAUUAUUUUACCAACACAAGGAGGUUCAGAAAUGUGCCAUUUUUGUGAUAAAAGAGUAUAUCUUAUGGAAAGAUUAACUGCGGAAGGCAAAUUUUUUCAUCGGGGUUGUUUCCGUUGUGAAUAUUGUUCAACUUCUCUGCGUAUUGGAAAUCAUACGUUCGACAGAGAUAAAAAUGGUGGUCGGUUUUAUUGUACUCAACAUUUUGGAUUAUCAGGUACAAUAAAAACAAGGAUAGAAAAGAAGAAACUUCCUUUACUCAAUAAAGAAAAUAUACCAGCAACGUCAGAAAAGAAAAAAUUAACAGACAAGAUGCAUACAUUAAAACCACCACUGGAUGGAGUAGCUGGCUUAGAUCUUCUCGACCGUGGUCAAACACCUGAGAGAAUAGAAUUUGAAAAUUUGGCAGAAAUGUCAGAUGCUGAAGAAGCUCACAGCCAAAUGGAUGAAGAUGAGUGGACGGAUAGAAAUUUUGGUGCUUCUGCGGCAGAAAUGGGAUCUAGUGAUGAUAUUUCAGAUAUGAGUGACUCUGAUGAAGAAAACGAAAUCUACGAAGAAGCUAUUGAUCAACCGCUAACAACCGAAGGUACAAUCGAACUCGCGAAAAAUUGGACACUAAGGUACUCUCAUCCGCACACGACAACUGGAAACUCUGAUACUGGUAGUAAUGAGUACGAGGACUCUAGUGAUGAAUACACAAGCGAAGACGAAGAAACUGGCACAGCAACCGAAGACGAAGAAGACGCGCGUGCGAGAGAGCUGAGGAAGCAGGAGGUGUGGCUGAAGAUGCCGCUGCGGGAGUCCGACACGGAGACUGGCUCAGAAACAGAGGUUGCAUCAGAUGAAGAUUCAAGUGAAAAUCGUCGAGAAAAUUCAGCAACUGAAAUUUCGACCGAUUCAGAAUUCGAGCACGACGGUACUACUCCAACGCAAAAUGAACUUCCUGAGAUAACUAUUAAUGAUUGUUUUGUACGUAAAACACGUGGUCAGUAUAUAGAACCAAAGAAAGUACAAGUAAAAAGUAAAAUAAUAUCACCAGUAAAUGGAAAAGUAAAGCCAGAUGAAAAAAAUGAUACUGGUUCUACAAAUAAAACGAGUAUUAUUAAAACAAAUAAUUCUUUACGGCCAGUUAAUAUAAAUGCAGUGCCUUUAGUAAACCCCCGUAAAGGUGAUUACUUAUUAAAUCGUACUCACUCAACUGAAGGAAUUGCCUCUAAAUUAUCACUAGAAUUGAAGAAAAGAUAUCUAUUAGGUGGAACAGUAUUAGGUGGUACUGUUAUGAAAUCUGGAUCAACGUCAAAUGUUGAUACCAAGUUACGAAACUUUACCGAUACAAUUUCACAACAUCAAAAAUUGUUAAAUCCUGCUCCUGAGCCUAGUCCUACUAUGCAAGCAUUUUUACAAGGCACUAAUAAAUUGAGAUCUACUUCUAAUAUUCCAUUAUCUCCUAUUUCAUUAACUGAAUUAUUAACCAGAUCUCCAUUAAAAACUGUUAAGCUACCAGAAAUAGAUAAAUCUAAAGACCGUCAAAAUUAUACGAGAAUUCCUUUACCAGAUUUGAUAAAAGAAACAAAUGUUAUGAAAGCUAAAAUAGAUCCGAAUACAACUUGUACUGAAUCGUCAAAACAAGUUAAUAUUGUUGAAAACGAAGUUAAAGAAGAAAAAGGGGUAAACGAAUUUAAAAUGGCAGAAAAAGUUAGUGAAUCGGUUGAAGAAGUUCAUAAAGAAAAGAUUUAUGAAAAUCAAGAAAUUGAAAGUAACAAAGAAUCAAAAAUUAACCUACCUGAGAUAUCUGCGGAUGUUAUUCAAGUGAACUGGAAUAAAAUAUCAAUAAACAAAGAAGAUGAUAAUAGUACUGAUGAUUCUGAAAUGGAUAGUGAUUCUCUUUCAUCAAAUUCUAAAAGUGAUCUCAAUGUUGAUAAUACUAAAGAACAAAAAGAUGAAAAAACUCAUAGAAAGGUAUCAUCUCGCUCACAAGUUCGCGAUACACCUGAAAAUUUAUUAAUUGACGAUAAAGAAGAUAAGUAUAAAGAUGAAGAUACAGGAAUGACAUUUGAACCUGAUUCUAUUGAAUGUGUUAUGAACGUUAGAGAUGAAAUAAAUGAAGAAAGAGUAAAUAGUGUUGAACCAUCGAGAUCGAUAAACGUAUGGUCACGUUCAUCAAAUAAUGAUAAUAAAAAUUCAGUAUAUGAUAUAGAAACCGUCAACAAUAAUUUUAAACAAAUAGAUUUGAAAGAAGUUUGCUCAAGUAUAAGUAAUUGUAGUAGUCCAACGUCUUUGGCUUCAAUUAUUUCAAAUAAACAAGACGAUUCUAUUGAUAACGACUUAACAACUGCAGCAUUAACUGAAACUGAAUUUUCAGAAUGGGCACGAGAUGGUGAAGGAUUCGUUAUUGCUGAUUUAAAAGAUGCUGAAUUCGAUGGUAGUUCCAGAGGUAAACUUUCAAGGAAUAAUUUGCAAGGUAGUGCAAGAAUUGCGAAAGAAGAAGAAGAUUUAACAGACAUUGAAUCAUCUGAAGGCAUUUUUAGUUGUCCUGAUCGCACAGAAAUGCCAACAAAUGAUACAUCAAAAUUAUUGGCUGAUGGAGAAGAUAUUGAUUACAUGGAUACUGACAAUGAGUCCUUAUUAGAUAGUUUACGAGAUGCUACAAAUAUACCACUAAUAAAAAAUCGUGGUUAUGUUGAAUUUGUAAAUGUAACUGGUAUUUCUUCUUCAAAUUCUAAAAACUCUUGUUCACCGUUUGCUGAUGCUCCAAUUGCUAAAGCAGAAGCUGAACCUGAACUUUGUUCUGAUGAAGAAAAAUACGACGGCAAUGUUAUUAAAAUGAAUUUAGUAACUGUUGAUGACGUGAGAAAUCGUUUAAGUAAUUGUACGAUUAAUACAGAACAAAGAAAUAAUGAUGUUGAAAUAAUGAAAAAAGAACCGCUAAUAGUUGAAGCUGUAAAUCGUGAUGUUCUACAAUCUAUGGAUGAAGAUAGUCUGUUGGUUGUUGAACCUGCAGAAGAUACAACAACCAGUGAGCUCACAACAAUAUUAGCCAGUCCUGAAUAUCCUGUGCUUCAAAGUCAAACACAAUCAAAAGCUAAUAAUGAAAGUUAUAAAUUAGAAGAAAAUAAUCCAGAUUAUCUUGAAUACGUAAAACGCUUACAAUCUAGAAUUGCAGAAUUUAGUAAUGCUAAAGACUCAAUUGAUGUUAGAAAAUCAAAACGUAAAAAUUCUAAAAAUGCACUUCAAGAGUGUUCAAAAGAAAUAAUUGCUGAAGAAGUUAAAGGCCCAUGGGCUACAUCAAAUCUAUGUUAUAAUUCACCGGCGACAUCGCGAAAGCUUGAAGAAAUAACUCGAGAACGUUCUAAACAAAAAAAUCUUAUUCAGGAUUUAUUGAUGGAUAAAAUAGAAGCUCAUAAACAAAAAUCAGCUGAAAAAAAAGCUAAAAGAGCUGCUAGAAAUAUAUCAUUCAAUUCAAGUAUGCAAUUAUAUUCACCAAAACCACCCCUCAGUGAAUCUGAUAAAUCAUUAAGCAAUAUGUCUAUUAUUCCGUCUAAAACAAGUACUCCAACACAUACAACAUUUGCUGAAGCCAAAAAAUCUCUUGAAAUUUCAUCAACUAACGAAAAAAGAUUUGAUGGUAAAAUUUAUCAAGAAAUUUCUGAUGACGAUGCUUAUAGAAAAAAAUCGAUGACAAAUAAUUAUUCUGGUGAAAGUAACAGGGACAAAAUUUUUAGUCAAGUUAAUAAUGAAAAUUUCAAAACACCAGUAGCGCCACCCAGAACAAAGCAUGAAGAAGCAAGAAGAACUGCUGAAAAAGCUAAACAAGAAGCACGAGAAAGAGCAAGAUUAAAAAGUGAUGAAGAUUUGGGUCUAAGUCCUGAAGAUAGAAUAAAACAAUUACGAUUAAAAAUAACACGAAGACAAUUGUCAAUGGAAGAUAGACGAAAAUGUGAAAAUGAAGAUGUUUCUAAUUUGAAAACUAGAGCUUACAGUUUUACUUUUCAAAAAUCUGAAUCUUCAUUACAACCAAGUAAAAGUACAGAUAAUAUGAAAGUAUUAACCAAAAAAAUAGAUUUUACAGCUACUAAUGCUAAGUCAAUGAGUGAGCUAGCUUACAAUAAAGAUCCUGAAGAAAAAUUGUCAUUGGACACUGCUAUUAAGCGCAGUAAAAAGAAAACUAAAGAUCCAGAAAGAAGAAGAAGCAUAAUUCAAGCCGUGUCAGACUUUUUCAAAAAAAAAGAAACAGCUUCAUCGCCAACAAGUCCAAAAGACAAGGGUUUAGGAUUCUCUAGAUUAACAACUAAAUUGAAAGAAAGAGGGAAGUUAAAAUGGUACUCAGAAGGGUCCGAUCUCGAUAAAUUGGAUCGUAAAUUUGAUGAAAGACCUAAAAGUGUUUGCGAAUCAAUUUUAAUUGAAAACUUCAUGGUAUCUGUUCCACCUGUACCACCACCUCCAAUUAAUUAUCCAGAUGUGACAGUACAUGUUUCGGAUGACAGCUUAUCUGAGGAAGAUUCAAAAAUGACACAUUCACAAUUACAAAAAACUGCAAACUUGGAUGGAUCGUGUAAUAGUAUAUCACGUAAAUUAAAAAACACUAAAAAAUUGGUCCGUCAAGCUCAGUCGAAGAGAUUAAGAAUAGCACAAGAAAUUCAACGUAAACUCGAAGAAACAGAAGUGAAGCAGCGUGAUUUAGAAAGCAGAGGAGUUAGUGUCGAAAAAGCACUUCGAGGUGAAGGAGAUUCUUCUGGUCGCGAAGAAACUGAUUUAUUAGGCGAAUGGUUUGAUUUAAUGCGAGAACGUACUGAACUACGCCGUUACGAGAAAGAACUUUUGGUCCGAGCUGAAGAAGUCCAAUUAGAGGAUCGUCAUGAUAGAUUGCAACAAGAAUUACGAGAAAGAUUAGCUGACGAUGAUGAUAAAAAGACAUCCGCUGACGUAAAAAAGGAAGGAGAAAUAUUAACAGAAAUGCUAGAAAUUGCAGCUAAACGAGAUUCAUUGGUAGCAUUACUCGAGGAGGAACGACAAAGAUAUAAAAAUGAAGAAAAAGAUCUCGAGGCUCAAAUGUUAGCUAAAGGCUUAACUUUAACACCAAUUGAGAAGGAUGAUUCCAAAUAUUUAAUUUAGAAGAUUGAUUGUGAUGUUUUUAAAUACGAAUUUAAGAUUAAUAAUUAUAUUUUUAAAUUAUAUAUAAAGUAAUUAUGUGAAAUCUCGAAUCGUUAAUAAGAAAAUUGUAAACGUGGAGAAUUACAUUAAUCUUUUCGUUUUUUUUUUUAAUUAUAAAAUGUAAGUAAAUCAUCGGAAUUUUUUAUUUAAAUUCAAUAUUUAAGUACGUAAAUUGAUAAUAUUUUUUAUUAACUUAUAAUAUAAAUAAACUAAUAACUAAAUAUUAUUCGUUUAUUUACUGAUAAAUAAUUAUUAUAUUUUUACUUGAAACACGAAAAAAAAAAUCAGAUAAUUAUUAACAGUGAGAAAAUUAUAAUCACUAACGUAUUCACAAUUGAAUUUUGAAAGUUAUAGUAAAAUAGUCUUUACAAUGCAAAAAUUAACACAAUUUAUCACAAUUUUAUAAUUAAAAUGCAUGGCUUUAGAAAUCAUUGCCAUUAAAACCAGGAAAAAAUGUGCCUAAACCUGGAAUUGAACUUGCAAAAAAAAAACGAGCUUUAUCUAUUUCAAGAAAAUGUAUUAGAAUACAACUGGAAUUAAUUUGAUGUAAUUAUUAAA